AGGACUGCAAAUCGAUUGCAACUUCUCAGGGCGCUCCACAAAAGUGCUCUUUCGCCAUCAACACAGAGCCAGAGAGCUGGGAGCGAUUUUGGAACGCUUUCAAAGGGGCUUCUUCUUUGGAAACAUAAAAACCUCAGACAUCUCUCGCCGACUUUUUUUUUCGCAGCGGCUUUUGCACGGUUUCGCUUCCGGUUUGCAACGGUUCCCAGUUUAUAUAUUAAAACCAAAAAAAUAGCAACAAAAAGACGACAACAAAUGAAGCUAAACGUCUGAACAAUUUAAAGUUUCUCACGUACUCUUUACAUGGCAAUGGAUGAAUUCCAUCCCUUCAUUGAAGCACUUCUGCCCCAUGUCCGAGCCUUUGCAUACACAUGGUUCAACUUGCAAGCCCGAAAGCGAAAAUACUUCAAGAAGCAUGAGAAGCGCAUGUCAAAGGAGGAAGAGAGAGCAGUGAAGGAUGAACUCCUGAGUGAAAAACAAGAAGUGAAGCAGAAAUGGGCAUCCAGGCUAUUGGCAAAGCUGCGCAAAGACAUCCGACCAGAGUAUCGAGAGGAUUUUGUGCUCACGGUCACUGGGAAGAAACCUCCUUGCUGUGUGCUUUCAAACCCAGACCAGAAAGGCAAGAUGCGGCGAAUUGACUGUCUGCGUCAAGCAGACAAAGUCUGGAGGCUGGACCUGGUUAUGGUGAUUUUAUUCAAAGGUAUUCCGCUCGAAAGUACUGAUGGUGAACGACUCGUAAAGUCCUCGCAGUGCUCUAACCCUGGGCUGUGCGUACAGCCACAUCAUAUAGGAGUUUCUGUUAAGGAACUCGAUUUAUAUUUGGCAUACUUUGCGCAGGCAGCGGAUUCAGGUCAGUCUGAAAGUCCUAGCCAGGAAAGUGAGGAUAUCAAGGACCAGCCAGAAAAUGGACAUUUGGGCUUCCAAGACAGCUUUGUCACAUCAGGCGUGUUCAGUGUCACUGAGCUAGUGAGAGUGUCGCAAACGCCAAUAGCUGCCGGAACAGGCCCGAAUUUCUCCCUCUCAGAUUUGGAGGGAUCUUCGUAUUAUAGCAUGAGCCCUGGGGCCAUGAGGAGGUCUUUGCCCAGCACGUCCUCCAGCAGUUCUACAAAGCGCCACAAAUCUAUGGAAGAUGAAAUGGACAGCCCUGGUGAAGAACCUUUUUAUACCAACCAAGGUCGAUCUCCAGGAAGUGGCAGUCAGUCCAGUGGUUGGCACGAGGUGGAGCCAGAUCCGGAAACAUAUUUCUUUAGUGACCUCACAAACUCAAAGGUCACACAGCUGAAGUCUACAGAUGUACAUUCAAGAAUGCCAUCGCCUACUACACUAAAGAAGUCAGAGAAGUCUGGUUUCAGCAGUCCCACGCCUUCGCAGACCUCCUCCCCUCGAACGGCAUUUACACAUCAUCAUCGGCCUGUGAUUACAGCACCCAGAGCGAGUCCCCAUGCAACAGCCUCAACUCUACAUUUUCCAACGUCUCCCAUCAUUCAGCAGCCAGGUCCUUACUUCUCGCACACGGCCAUCCGCUAUCAUCCACAUCCUAGUCAGGAAACCCUGAAGGAGUUUGUUCAACUGGUCUGCCCUGACACCAGCCAGCAGUCAGGACAGGUGGGGUUCCUAAAUCCCAAUGGAAGCAGCCAAGGCAAAGUCCAUAAUCCAUUCCUUCCCACCCCAAUGUUGCCACCCCCACCUCCUCCACCUAUGGCCAGGCCUGUGCCUCUGCCAGUGCCAGACACAAAACCAACCACCACAUCUACAGAUGGAGGAGCAGCAUCACCUACUUCACCCACCUACUCGACACCCAGCACCUCCCCUGCAAACCGAUUCGUGAGUGUUGGACCACGGGAUCCCAGCUUUGUAAAUAUCCCUCAACAGCCACAGUCCUGGUACCUGGGAUAAAGGCCAUAGCUUCCCGCCACCCAGCAGACAGACCACCUGACCCCUUCCCAACUCUGUAACAUGGGAGCAAGACAUCUUUACUUCAAGCUGUGGGGGGAGGGGAGAUCAAUAGAAUUUCAACAGAAGAAAUGACAUGAAACAGCACGCCUAAAGGCUGAAUGAUGAAGACCAUAGCAAUGGAUUUACUUAAUAAGAACUGGUCAUACUCGUCAUUUUUGUUACCGUGCUAUUGAUAUGUAAGGGUCUGUUACUGAGGAACUGAAAUACUUAGGCUCUGUUAGAAAUUUCUGAAGUGUUUUAAUAGUAGAACAUAGGCAUAGCAAGGUAGUUUCUCAUACCGGAUAGAAAUAGUCCGCUAUCACUUACUGACUGUAUGAAUAUUACACAAUUAUGUAGAGUCUAACUAUUUCAGGCUAUCUCCAGCAAGCAGGAGACCCUCAACAGGUAAAAUAUUAGUGAAAGAUAAUGAAACACAAGUGUUUUGAAGUUCCAUAGCUAAAUCCUGCAAGAUAUAAAAUACUACACCAUGGAAAUAGCUAGGGCAGCUUUCUCUGCAACAUAUCACAAAAUACAGCUCUUCUUUUUUUCCAGAAAAUUAAUUAAACGCAAACCCAGCUAUAUACUGACAUACAUCACUUAUCAAACCCAGCUAUAUACUGACAUACACCAGUUAUCAAACCCAGCUAUAUACUGACAUACAUCAGUUAUCAUGGCUCCGAAAGGCAUCCUGAAAGGUAUAUAAAAAUCAAGCAUCUCACAGCAAGAAGAUUAAAAUGCUGCAUUCACACCAUUUGUUUUUGUUCUUUUUCUCCGACACUUAAUAAGAAAAAAAUGUUAAAAAUAAGAAAUCCAUGCAAACUGGGGAGGAUGGUCUGCUUUGAUUGAAACUGACAAGAAUCAAUCAAAAAAGGUUUAAUUUUUUUGAUUAAUUGAGUAAAGUGCAAUUUCAUUGGAUAGUUAAAUAUCUUUGUAUGAUAGAGAUUGUUGAAAAUUCUAUUUUUGUUUUCCAAGUCCUCCCACCCCAGGACUCUAAACUAUCGGGGUAAAAUCAUAGCCUUGCAAGAAAAAAAGGGGAGCUAUUUUUUGCUUUUUUUAUUUUUUUUAAAAUAAACUUGCAUCCCUCAAGUAAACUGAAGGAAGAUUUAAAAAAAAAAAAUUAAAAAAAAGCUAAUGGUGCUUUUACCAGAUCAUGUAAACUACAUUCAAAAUUAUAGCUAAUCGUUGUUUUAACUAAGCACAUAAUAGAAAAUCGCCACAUUGUACUACAAGUAAAUUUCUUUCCAAGCUCAAAGACACAAUACAUGGAUUAAGAUCUUGACGAGUUUUUCAGUGUUUCACCUCAGAAUACUGGAAUUCAGAUCCACAUGUUAUAUCUAGGAAUCUAUCCGUAUCGAUUUAAGCAACUUGUACAUGUAAGUAAUAAAAAAAACACUGCAUUGAAAUAGAUUUUUGACCAAACAGCAAAGCAAACCCUCAUCCAUGCCAUGAGGUGCGCUUCGCAAAUAUUUAACAAACCAUUUUCCCAUGGUAUACCAACCGUAUAUAUUCUCUGCUUGGCUUGCCAGCCAAUCAGACAUUUAAAAUGCAUGAUCUAGUGUUAGUGACUAAUUUUUAUAUAGACAAUGUAGGAGAAAUGUAUAGUGCAUUAAGACACAAGAAAUAUAAUCCCUAUUCCGGGCACUUGCCUUUUGAACCGUACUUGUUGGGCCUAAGAAAAGGGCCUCUACUACUGUCCUAUACAAUCAGUAAACAGAAAGUCUUGGGAAGACACUUUUGCUCCUCACUUUUUCCCUAAUGGAAUAAGUUUCUUGAUUUGCACGAAUGAUAUUAAAAAAAAUUCCGCAUCAAUGUGCCUUGCCCUGGAUAGCAAUUAUACGUGGAAUCAUUGCACAUGUUCCUAUAAUGUAACAAUCCUCUUGGGUCUUUUCCUGGUGUAGCAAUCAGAGACACUUUUUAAAUGCGACAUUGAUGUCAGCCAUUGUAAAGUUUCAACAUGUAGAAAACAAAUCAGUUUUUCCGCAGAUAGGAUUAGAUUUCAUUGUCCUGUACGGUCAGUGCUUCUGAAAUCUGUAGAUGCUAGUGUAUCAAUAUUUUUUUUGGAUGUUGCUACGUUUUAAUAUUAUUUGGUGUCUUCCUUUGUUUUCCCAGAUAUAUGAAAAAAAUAUGCAAUACCUGAUUUAUCAUGUAGAAAUGUUUAGCAAGUUUUACUUUAAAUUUUUUUUUAUUUGACCAAAGUUGGUGCUGCUGUUAACGCAGUCUGUUAGGUGUUUGUCUUGUAAAUUGUAAACGCUGAAUGCACAGACAGGAAGGGCUCUCCUUAGAGUUGCAGUAGAACUGUGAAGCACUAAGCUGAACCCUGCUCCAACAAAUUUCAGAACAGUUUGUUCACAUUUGAGCCUUAAACUUUCAUUCAAAUCCCAGACCCAUUUUUUUUCUCAGCAUAGCAGACUGCAAGGAAUUUGCAUUCAAGAAAAUCAAAAAAUGCCCAUUUUAUAUGCACAUUUGAAACUUCCAAGUUUUCAAAUUGUUUACUGAUUAUGUAUAUUAAAAUGAUUAAAACAAGUUUCUGGAUUUUGAUAGGUGUCUACUAAGUGGUGAGUAAGUGUUCCACAAUACUGUAUUGUGUGAUUGUAAUUGUUCGAUGUAAUUUCUUGUAAUCCACAUCCUUAGCCUUCCUUUAGCACGUAGCUGGGCAUUACAUUGACAUAUGUGCACUAUAAAGAGCAGCUUGCAGUGCUUCACAGUGAAGGGAAUAGCACGGACAAACUUUUUUUGUAAGAACCUUGUUAAAAGCCAAGGUUUAUGAGUAGAAUUGGUUGUACAUACAAAAUAAUAAGUAAAGGAAAUUGCACCCUGUUUUUAAAACAGUUUAAAGAAAAAGCAAUAGUGCGGGCAGUUAUUUUUUUUAUUUUUUUUUGUUGGUGAGUGCGAUUAGUCGUGGCUGCAAAGCAAGGAAAGAAAAAAAGUUGAGCUGCCCAUUCAGCAGAUUUGUAAUUUGUAUGUUGUAUAGUUGUAUUAAUUACACUGAUUUAAUCUGCCCUAUUUUGUAAUGCAGGAACUUUUGUAACAUUGUUAAAAUGAGAAAAAAAAUGUCAACCUAGCUUAGUGGAUUUUCUGAUUGUUUGUUAUAAGGCAGCAUUCGUAGUAUUGCUAUUCCUCUGGGAACUGGAUUUGAGUUAUAAACUUUCCUGUUUCCUUUUU